UGAGCAGAGCAUCUGUCAGGCAAGAGCUGCGGUGAUGGUUUAUGAUGAUGCCAAUAAGAAGUGGGUACCAGCUGGUGGCUCAACUGGGUUCAGCAGAGUUCAUAUAUAUCACCAUACAGGCAACAACACGUUCAGAGUGGUGGGCAGGAAGAUUCAGGAUCAUCAGGUGGUGAUAAAUUGUGCCAUUCCUAAAGGGUUGAAGUACAAUCAAGCUACACAGACUUUUCACCAGUGGCGUGAUGCCAGACAGGUGUAUGGUCUCAACUUUGGCAGCAAAGAAGAUGCCAAUGUCUUCGCAAGUGCCAUGAUGCAUGCCUUAGAAGUGUUGAAUUCACAGGAGACAGCGCAGAGCAAGGUUACUGCUACCCAGGACAGCACUAAUUUGCGAUGUAUUUUCUGUGUGUUCUAUUUAGGGCCAACCUUGCCUAGACAGAAUUCCCAACUACCUGCCCAGGUUCAAAAUGGCCCAUCACAGGAAGAACUGGAAAUUCAAAGAAGGCAACUGCAAGAGCAACAACGACAAAAGGAACUGGAGCGGGAGAGACUGGAGAGAGAGAGGCUGGAGCGCGAGCGGCUGGAGCAGGAGCAGCUGGAGCGGGAGAGACAGGAAAGGGACCGGCAGGAGCGGGAGCGGCUGGAGCGUGAGCGGCUGGAGCGUGAGCGGCUGGAGCGGCUGGAGCGUGAGCGGCUGGAGCGGCUGGAGCGCGAGCGGCAAGAGAGAGCCCGGCAGGAGCGGCAGGAGCAGCUGGAGCGGGAGCAGCUGGAGCGCGAGCGGAGGGUGUCAAGUGCUGCUCCAUCUCCAGACAGCUCCCUGUAUAACGCUCCACUUCCUGAGUUUGCCAGUGGCCAGCCUCCUCCAGCACCUCCUCCAUCAUACGCUAAAGUCAUCUCAGCGCCAGUGUCAGAGGCCACUCCUGACCAUGCUGUAGUGACCGCUCUGCCACCUACUUCCACACCCCCCACACCACCACUUCGACACUCAGCGACACGUUUUGCGACAUCUUUAGGUUCAGCCUUCCACCCUGUUCUUCCCCAUUACGCUACAGCUCCUCGUCCUCUGAACAAAAGCUCUCGGCCUUCUUCUCCUGUGAACACACCCUCUUCUCAGCCUCCAGCUACGAAGCCCUGUGCCUGGUCUACUUCCAGCUUUUCGCCCCUCCCUCCAUCUCCUCCAGUAAUGAUUAGCAGCCCCCCGGGCAAAGCUGCCGGCCCCAGGCCUGUCCUCCCGCUCUGUGCUCCUUCUCCGGUGCCCCAGACGCCGCCGUCGCCAGCCGCGUCCAACGGGCUGCUGGACUCGGUUGCCUGCCCCGUGUCUCCACCGCCUACCUCAGGGCCGGCCGGGCCGCUCUCUCACUGUGGCUGCCGAGCUUCCCCGCCUCCGGGCAGCCCUGCCGCCUCGACCCCCUCCUCCAAGCCCGGUGUUCUCCCUUCUCCCUCCGCAGCCGCCCCUGCCGCGGUGGAGCCUCCUCUAAACUCUCAGGCGCCUCCUGCCCCGCAGCCGUCUCCUGCUCCCCCCCUGCCUGCCUCCGGAUUUUUUGUGGGAUCCGUGUCCGAAGACAAUCGCCCUUUAACUGGACUCGCAGCUGCCAUUGCAGGAGCAAAACUGAGGAAAGUGUCACGGAUGGAGGACGUCUCUUUCCCAAGUGGAGGGAAUACCAGUGGUGUGAAUUCGGCCUCUUCUAAAACAGAUACGGGUCGCGGGAAUGGACCCCUCCCUCUAGGGGGUACUGGUUUAAUGGAAGAGAUGAGUGCCCUGCUGGCCAGGAGGAGAAGGAUUGCUGAAAAGGGAUCAGCAAUAGAAACAGAACAAAAAGAGGACAAAAAUGAAGAUGCGGAGGCUGUAACUGGGAAGGUCUCUUCAACAAGUACUCCUGAACCAACCAGAAAACCCUGGGAAAGAACAAACACAGUGAACGGCAGCAAGUCGCCUGUUAUCUCCAGACCAAAAUCUGCGCCCUCCUCGCAGCCCAGUGCCAACGGAGUCCAGACGGAGACCCUCGACUACGACAGGUUGAAGCAGGACAUUUUAGAUGAAAUGAGAAAAGAAUUAACAAAGCUAAAAGAAGAACUCAUUGAUGCAAUCAGGCAGGAACUGAGCAAGUCAAAUACGGCAUAGAGAAACAAACUAAGGAGAGAUAGGACUUUAUAAUCUGGAGAAAGAAAGGAAGAAAGAAAGAAAGAAAACCUACAAACAACAACUGUCAACAACAACAAACCCCUGCAUUUUGGGAGCUGUAAGAAGAAAACGGAGACAAACGGUUGGGAGGAGGGAAAAACCGACUUACUCUGGAAGCCUGCAGACACCAUGACUCUGGCAUCUAGCUGUUUCCCUCCCAGUCUGCUGCUUUUUUCUGACCUUUACGACAAGAUGGACGAGCUUAGUCUAAGAGUUCCUGUAGCAGUUACGCAGAAAACAUUAAACUCGUCAGGCACGAUCAGCGUGCAGUGACAUAUUUUCAUGUCAAGAUAAAAUGAUACAUUUUCCACAAUCCAUUGCUAAAAUAAAGAGGAGAAAGGCUUAAGAAGUUUUGUUCAGAGUGCUGAUGAAAGAAUCUAGCAAGUGAUGCUAUUGUAUUGUAAAUGUUUCUCUCAGGUUUGUCUUCCUAUCAUAUUUGAUAUUCCGUAAGUAAUUGAGAUCAGCCCUGUGUAGGUUAAGAUCAUAAAAUGUGAAACAAAUGGAAUUGUAUGUGCUUUCAGAGGGUGAUAUUUAUAAGAAAGUGUCCUGAAAAUGACUUGUCGAGCUUGAGGAAUUUUAGAAUGAUAGGAAGUCUCUCGAGUUAGCCUUCAUGCAAUUUUGUAGACUAAAACAUAAAAUUCAUCCAGAAUUUAAAGAUUUAGAUGCCUUCCUAAAUUGUUACAAUGCUUUACCAAAUCUUUGACUCCUACAUAACACAAACCAGUGGUCAAAUGUAAAACAAUAUAUUGUAGAUUUACUGUAGGUUUUCAACCUUUUUUAGAUUGAUGCAUGUGGACAUUUUUAUAAUGUAAUUACAGUCACCACAGAAUUAGCUUUUUUAACUGCAGACAGUAAUGCAUGUCACACUAACGUGUAGUGGCCUUUUCAAGGCCUAGUCCCAGGGAAAAACAUUUUGUAGAGUACAGGGGCAUGGGAGGAAGGGAAGGAAUAAUUUUUUAUUUAAGGUUAAUUUCUGCACUCUCUCUUUUUUUCUCAGUUUCCUGCAUGAAUAAUAAUGAGGAAUAUUUUGUGACUUUAAUUGGUAAAUGUUAACAAAACCAAGUACUUAAUCUUUUACAUCAUGUCUUCAGCUAUUUGUAUUUUAACUUCAGUAAUUUCAACGGUCUGAAACAUGAUUCUGAGCUUCACAGGGAUUACAUCUUACUGUGGAACUCAAAAUUUCAGUCCCUGUGGGGGCCCUGCAGUUACACAGGUGUUUGGCCGGUGCUCCUGGGGAGGAAGUUGCUUUUGGAUUUUGUUACAUUGAAAUACAAGAACAACAGUGGCAACAAUUAAGGUCACAGAAAUCAUUAAGGGAAAACCAAUGAGGAGUUCUGAAAUUGUUUUAGUGGGUAGAGGCUUGGGUGGUGCAGAAGGAGCGAGGCCCUCUCCCUAGCACCAAGCGUGAGUGCACUUCCUUUUCUUUGACACCGUAGGAUUAAAAUCGGGCAGAAAUCCUACCUGCUGCAAUGAUAGAUUUUUGGAAAUGUUAGGAAAUAAAGUUUUCUAGGCUCUCCAUCUUGAUUUAUGCUUGUUGUCAUGUGCCAUACUUGCUUUGAAAUCUUGGGUUAUUAGAAGUUUUACGAAAAUUUUGAAAUGAUCAUUUUCAUCUGCUUUCUAGAUUUCUCCCACCUCAGUUCAUAAGACAGAGCUUGUUGAGUGCAUCAUUUCUAAAUGCCACAGACUGUAGCCAUUACCACAUCAGAGAGGUUUGAAUGAGGGAGUUGUUUUCCCUCCUUCACAUAGUUCCUGUUUCUGUAGAAACUUAAUUUUCAGAGUAAUCUGUGAUGGAUGCGCAGUCAUAAGUCAGACACCCAUUUUUUCUUUUUCCCUAUCAACUCUCCGUUGUCAACACAGUAGUAGUAAAGGCAUUAAAGAGGCAGCGAGCUUACAGAGUACUACCGUCUAAAAAGGAGGCGUUCUCAUCUUUCUUAUUGUACUUUUGGUUACGCAGACACUUUGCUGGUAGAAACAUUUAUGUCUCCUAUAAAUCUGGUCAGAAAUCACUUUUGAUUUUGUUGGUUAAGUUGAAUAGUCUACAGUAGGAUAGAGUACUGGGAACAGGUGGUCCAAAGUAAGAUGAAACGACUACAAGAAUAAAUGCUGAUCCUAAAAAGAAACUGGUUUACGCACCAAACGUUUGUGCCUUGGUUUGAUAUUAACAUGAGGUCUGUGUAAGAUGACAGAAGAACCAGUGUCCAAUCACGCUAUGUUGUACAUUAUCCCAGAUUGCUAAUUGUGCUUUCCAAGACUUUGAUUGAAUUACUAAACCACAUUUGUCGACAUGACAUUUUUGUCAUUGUUAGAGAUUUCAGUCAUUAAAACGGGAAACGGAAGCUUAAGUUACUUUCCUGAUCAAAACCUGUUCCUCGGAACCACAUGAUGGUGUAUGUGCUCAUGUAUGCCGGUAUCUUAAGCUGAGUGCAGUUUAGGGGCCCUUUCCAAUCACAGGAAGGCCCUCUUUCCUCAACACUGUGAUCUGACCUGUGACAAACCUGUACUAUAUACACUAUGUAAAUGGCUAACAAGUCAACUGCAAACCAACUGAAUGUACAAAUCUUAGUGCUGGUGCUGAAAUCUCUUCAGAAUAGUCAUCGUAAUUUCAAAGUUUGUUUCAAAAUCUGCAAGCAUCCCGUGUCAGUCAUAGCUGAAGAUGAAGCACUAAUGAAUGUUGAAUUCUCACGCUUUAGGUGUAUUUCCUUUUUCGAUUUUUUUCAGUUCCUUGCUGUUUACCAUACUGUUUCAUUUAAAUUUCCUAAGCUAACUUCGUUUGUGCGAUUGAAAUAAAAUUGCCGUAUAUACAUGUUG